GUUGGCUAGUUAUUUCCCUUUACAAAUGUUGCCUAUCAACGAAAAUGAGCGUUCUUCCUGUUCAAACAAGUUAAAUUUUGGAAAAUGUCCCAAAUUUCUUCAAUUUUCAACAAAGAUUUUAAAUUAAAUGCACCAGGAUCUUUCUGAGCUAUUCCAAACAAAGUACUAAGCACCUUAAUUCAAGAUUUCUGCAAAGAGUGAUAUGAUGGCUGACAAAAUUUCUCAACCCCUUGGAUCCCAAACUCCUGAUGUUCAUGAGUGGCGACGAUCUCUAAGGUCUCCUAGUCCAGGUCGUGGGCUACAAACGAAUCAGAGUCUAGAUAGCAGUCUGAUUAAGACUUUAAGGUCUAGGUCACCUUCACCAAGAUGCUCAAGAGACAGAUUUCCAAGACAGUCGCGCAGUCCUUCUCCUAAUGUCAUGCGCAAAGUGUCAACAAUGGAUAUUCCCAAAAAAUCAUCCAUGAAACAUUCCAGUGUAGUCAAUGGUCUACGUAAAAGUAUUGGAGCAAGCUUAACUUCAGACCUCAGUUUGAGCGGUAAACUCAAUAAAUCUGUGGGCAACUUGGCAAAUAUUGAAGCUGAAUAUAUCAAAAACCUUCAGCAACAAAUCUAUUUCCUUGAACUAGAAUCUAACUACCUACGUGAGCAAGCAAGAAAAGCCACAGAAAUGCACCCACAGAUGACCCAUGAGGCUGAAAAAAUGUUACAGAAACUAAGAGAAAUGCAAACCCAGAUUGACAACAUGGACAUGGAAAUGAAGAGAAAAGAAUCCAGCAUUGGUAUCCACACUUCUGAAAAAGAAAGAUUGCAAGAGCAAUUACAACAUGAGAAAGACAAUCACCUGAGGGAGAAGCGUCUCCUGACGGAUGAACUCGUCACCAUGAAAAAAGAUAAAGAUAGGCUACAGAGAGAGCUUGCCCAUAAAGAUGAACAACUCCUUGAAGCCAAAUCAGAAAUCGACAGAAGUGCACUGGCCUUAAAGAAUGCAGAGCUAAAGAUAAACACUUUGAAAGCACAAUUAGAACAAAGAAUUGAACAACAUAACCUGACCCAACUUGCACUAGAAGAAAAAAGAACUCAGCUUCUUAGCACUGAGACCCAGUUAAGAGAGACAGAAGAGAAGUAUUAUUCCAGUACAGUCACAAUAAAAGACAAGCUGACUCAAGACCUAAGAGAUGAAAUCCGACUGUUGCAUCAGAAAGUCAAAGAAACAGAGCUCAGUGCAGAAAAAGACAGAUUUCUGCGAGAUAAAAUUUCUGAAGAAAUGUCCAGUCUUGUCCAAGAGAAUUCUGCUCUCAACCAAAGAGUUAUGGAACUUACUAAACAGCUGGAGAGGGAGAAGGAACUAAGGGAAACAACUGAUCAUCGUCACAAACAAAGUAUAGGAGAGAUGGUGAGUCUCAAAGACAGGCUUCAAGAAAUUGAUAGACUGAGAGAUGAGUUGCGCUUAGAAAAAGAAAGAUCCAGACAGUAUCUUGAACAGCUAACUAAUGAAGAAUCAACACAUAAAAGAACAGAUCUGCAAAUCAACACCCUGAAGUCGCGUCUAACAGAAUCGGAUGGGAUGCGCAGUGUGAUGGAAGCUGAGAAUGAGCAGUUGAAGAAAGACAAAGUCCUGCUAGUUGAUCAUGUGGCUGAGAUGCAAAGAAAGCUGGAAGACAAAGACAGAGAUAUCUACAUGCUGAAAUCAAGUGUUGGGGAGCUAGAGACUAAGUUUAGGAGUCUUGGCUUACAGAAGACUGUUGAAUUGGACCAGCAGAGGCUGCGCUGGGAAGAGUUUUCUCGCCUGGCUGACAGCAUGAAGAGUCUGUCCCAGACCAUGAUGUCCCAGACUGUAUACAGCAGCACUCAAACACCAAGGACACUGCCACAGCAAUAUUAACAUUCUGUUGGAUGUCAUUAAGGGAAGAAAAUACAAAUUAGAAAAGUAAAGUUAUCUCAUAAUUAUGAAUUUGUCUACAGAGCACAAAAAGGUGCUCUCCUUUUUUUUUGUUUUUGCAAAUAUUUCAUAAUACCACAAUUACAAAAUAUUAUUUUAUUUUACAUCCAAUAGUUCAUUACAUAUCUCAACCUUGUAUUAAAACUUAGAGAAUAAGCUGCAAUGCACAAUCAAUAUUCUUUUUUUGUUUCCAUGUUGAAAUUAGCCACACUACAUAUUUGUAUUAGAUUUUUUUUUGCUUUGGUUUUAGUCUUUCAUUUGCUAAUUUGCUACAUAUAGAUUCUUGUUAUAUGAAGUUAUUGUAAUCACUUAAUAAUGAGUCAAGUUUCUGUCUAAGUCCUGUGCUUACAAAAUAAACAAUAACAUGAAAUAAAACAAUAUUUACUUUAAAGUUAUUCUUAAGCUUUUUUUAGUAUCAAUAAAAAAAAAAAAAGAAAAAGCAUUGUCAUCGUCAGUAUGAAUUUAUUAGAAGACUUGUAGACUUCCGGGACAAAUCAUACAUUCUUUAGUGUUAUUAAGUUGAGAAACCCUUAAAAUUAUCAACUACUCGUUUUUUUUCAAAAUUAAAAAAUGUACCUUUUUUAUGUUUAUUUAAUAUCAAUUUUGCUUAUUAUAAAACAAACUAUUCAUAAAAACAUUUGGUUAUACAUUCUUUAUAAAUAUUCUUUAUAUGCAUUUUAUGUAAGUAAUUAACAUAACUGUGUACAAGAAAUUAGUCUAUAUUGAUUAUAUUUUCUAAAUGCUUAUGAUUAUAUUUUUUAAAUAUUUUUAUCAUUAUGACAGCUGUGAUCUAUGUGUUAAUGUAUACACAUACUAUUUAAAUGAUUAUAAUAUAUCACAUUUUAUUUAAAGAAUUUUGUAUUUGUGCUAUACCUAUAUCUCUACAGUCCUGCCAAAAGUUCUUUUGUAUUUGUGUUUUUAGUCACAAUAAAAAUUGUCCUGCAGUUACUUUUUCAUUAUUCUGUAGCAUGUUUCUAUAACUUAUUGUUAGUUCAUAACCCAAUGUGUGUGUACAAAGAAAACUGUCUCAUUGUUGAAUGUCAUUGAUAAUGUUGUGGUAAUGUUGUGAUAAUGUAAUGAUAAUGUUGUGAAAAUGUAAUAAUAAUGUUGUGAAAAUGUAAUGAUAAUGUUGUGAAAAUGUAAUGUUAAUGUGCAUGUUUUGGUUUUAUUGUGUUUUUUUGUAACAGCCCUGAGCUCAUAGUGGGGCAAAGUGGCUUAAUAUAGUAAAUGAGAAGUCAGAAGUUCAAAUCCUAACACUGGGAUUUAGAAUUCUGGAUUUUAGGAUCUUCGUGAGUGACACCCAACGUUAAUGGAUACUUUCCUUAGAAAAACUCCUGGAAGUUAGUUUUUGUGCUGGCCACAUGUCUUUCUUUAAAUGUUGUCUGUAGAAAAAGAUGAGCUUUAGAUCAUUAGCAGCCUGGAGAGUCUGAAAGCUGAACUUUACUGAGUUCAUGAUAUCAUUCCUUGUUUCUCAGGUCUCCCUCAAGAGGAAAAAAUUAUCUACUGCUUGAUGUUUCCUUCUAGUGCUUCUUUUUUCUCUCUCUCUGUGUAGAACUGGUCACUGCAUUGUAAUAUUGAACAAGUUUUGGGAAUCAUUUCAUUAAAGUUUGUACCGUCUCAGUAAACAUUGCAUUUCUUGAUCAGCAUCAGAAAUUAUCAUUGAAAUAAAAAAAUAUUAUUAAAAGUAUAUUGAAAAUGUAACAUGUAACAGAUAUAAUUAAUUAUGUUUUUUUUUUCUGUUUUAUUUUACUUUUUAUAAUUGAUGUUAGUGAAACAAUUGUACAUUUUGAGUUUUACAGAUAUAUAUGCUAUGUUAGUAGUUUAUAGUUUCUUAAAUUUAGAUUACUUAGUGUAAAAAGUAUGUAUUUUUUUUAGGUAAUUUUUCAAAAUGUAGAAUAUAUUUAUUAAAGACUGUGAUAUCUGAAUUAACAAUAAAACUCAUUUGGAUAAUAAACUAAUAAACUGCA